GUCAAUCACAACACUCGAUCACAGCUUUCGAUCCAGUUUAACUAUAAUUGUCUAAUAAGCUCCAACAGCAUACAAAAUGAAGUUCCUCUUCGUGGUCGCCCUUAUUGCCUUGGCCAUUCAAUUGGCCUACUCCGCAACUUCUACCACUACUGAUGCCACUACCACUACAACAACCACUGCGGCAACAACAACCACAUCCUCAUCUGCAACCACUACAUCAACAGAAGAGUCCACCCACAAGAAGAGAUGUUGGAAGGGCAACAACUGGUGCCACACGCACAUCCCCAAAAGGAAGUGCAAGCACCCAAAGAGGUGCCACAAGACUGUUGUGAUAGUGACCCAUAGGAAAAAUUAA